AUGCUCGAACUCUCAACCUUUAACUCUUACAAUCCCUCCUGUACAAUAGACCCCUUCCUCAGCCAUGUGGUGGGUUGGGUCAACAAUGAUCCCGCUGAACAAUAUGCCUCUUGCACGUCUUUGUACGGCUUUCCUGUUGUUUCCACGGAGACGCCGGAGGUCAACGUUGUCUUCGAAACAAUCACUACUACCGUCUCGGACACGACUAUCGUUGUUGAGCUUACGACGACCGAGACAACCGUGGCGGAAACGUCCACUUCUUAUGAAACUCUGCUUCAAACCCUGACGGUUUAUACAGCUACAGUCACCUCCACAGCUCCACAUUCAUAUGUCACCACGGUGCCAUGGAACGGCGGUGCUGUUGUGAAGAGAGGUGAGACUGUGCCUGAGCAGAGGCUGAAGAGGAAAAGACGGCGGGGUUGCCUUAGACCAACGCCAACUGCUUCCUCUCCGUUCACAGCUUCAGCCGGUAGUUCCCCCAGCUUGAUUAACCUCACUUCGUCGUCCAUCUCAGUGUCUCACGCUGGAACGGCUCCUUAUUGGACCAACUCGACCUCCUCGACGUAUCCCACUGGCACGCUCUCUCACUGGACCAAUUCUGCUGCCAGCUCCAUACCAACUUAUGCCACUCAAAACGUGCCGUACUGGACUAAUUCAACCUCCUCGACAUAUCCCACUGGCACGUUCUCACAUUGGGCCACUUCUGCUACCAGCUCCAUCCCAACCUAUGUCACUCAAGAAUCGCCGUACUGGACCAACUCAACCUUCUUGACGCAUCCCGCUGGCACGUCCACCCAGUGGUCCCCUUCGGCGUCCAACUCCCUCUCAACUUCCAUCGCUCGAAAUACGCUAUACUGGAUCAAUUCGACUUCUACAACCUCGUCUCCUCCGAUCGGAACCGUUGCAUACUGGACUGCGUCAGCUUCUUUCUCUGAUUCAACCAGGUCUUCCUCCUAUUCGACUGAGUAUUCUUCUUCCUAUCCUACCGAGUUUUCUUUCUCGUCCGACGUCCCAAAGACUUUUACUGAGUCCUUUCCGUUGUCAAAUGCUUUCGAAUCCUCAUCCAAGGUACCUGCGACCACAGUCGCUUUGACAGAUUCCCCUGAGUAUUAUUCUGCAUGUUCGUGCAUCAACGCCGUUGAAAGCACCUCCUGGGUCACUGCCCCUACCUUUACAUCGACUUCUACAGUCUAUGAGACUGUCUAUACAACCGCUACCGCAACUUCGACUUCCGCUGUCACUGUGUUCGUCACCACUACAAUUAUCCAGCCGAUGACAACAACAUUGUCCAUUGAUGUCUAUGCAGACACUCCUACCACAACGACGACUACCGUGUGGUCGACCAUUUACUCGGCCAGCCCUACUCAGACUGCUGGCCUCACCGAAGUCGCUGAAGGGCAAAUACGUUCAGCUGGACUACUCCCUUAA